AUGGAAGAACCAGCACAAGGAAGACAAAUGAGAGGACGGUUUAUGUCAAACUAUGGUCUUAAAACCUACACGCCAGAACAAAUUAAGGAACAAUGGAGAGAGAGUAUGAAGGUACUGGUGAAUUUCUCUUUGAACUAAAUCGUUCAAACUGUUUGACGUGACCUCAUUUGUUAGUUUAUUAUCAAAAGUGAACUGCAAUAACUAAAAUGCCGUGUAAAAAUGAAUGGUUCCUUUUCGGUACAAGCAAACAAGAAAGUUUUGAGACUUUUUUAAAACUAGUCUUGAAACAUUACAAAACCGAUAAACUAAUGCGCGGCUUACUUUAUUUCCCAUGUUCCUUAAGCAAAUCGCAGUUUAACUUUCAUUUCCUGAUUCAUUACAAACUUUUAGUCGCUAAGAUUUGCUGUAAGUUUUUACCCUCUACAUUUUAUGACCUUUGUGCUCUUGAUGUGAGAUAUCUUUUUAAAAAGAACAUUAAAACCUAUAUAUUUUAGAUAUUUUACAGCUUUUAAUAUUUUUAUCUAUCUGACAUAUUAACAUUUUUAACCUGUAGCUUGUAUAAUUUAGGUUUUUAGUUCUCAACUUUUUACUUAGUAUUACCUUACACGUUUAUUUACUAUCUAAGAUCAUCUAUUUUUUCUAUUGUUUUACAGGACCUCACUGAAUAUCACUCUUUGUGAAGUGAGCUCCCUGUAUAAAGAUUGUUAUUGAUUAUUAUUAUGUUCAGUUUUGCCACUGACCUAAAUAACACAGUUGCGGUCCUUUCAAUUUUCAACUGCUUCACUUUGUUUUAGAGAGAAAGCCGCCUAAGAGACGCUCAUCUCAUUACGUCGAGCUGCAGUGAAGAACUGACUAAAGCUUGGAAAACAAAUUUUUCGAGGCAUUUUUCUUCCGACGCAGCGAUGCAAAAUUACUUUAACACGAACAAACAGGUAUUUUAUCUAGAUGAUGGGGUUGUUGGUUACGCUUUGAAGCUACAUGUACUAUAAGCCAGUUAUCGAGAAAUAAUGGAGCUAUUGUAGCCACUCAAAGUUUAGUUACGAACCUGUGAAUCAAAAUUCGAAGAGAAUUUAUGAAACUCUCAGCAAACUCGCGGGAACUCCUUCAAGCAAGUCAUAGUCACUACAGAGAAAGUGGCACUGAAUCGGUGGUGAGAUAUUAAGCCCUUGAAUAGUUAGAUAUUGCAAAACAUAUUCAAAGUAAUCACUUAAGCUUUUUUACUUUUAGUACGUCAUUGAAAACUGAUCCAAUGUUUUGUUUCUUUUAACUUUAAGCACGAACGAGUAUCAAACUAUGACCGAACAUUCCAUAUCAAAUCUGGUUACUGCAGUAAACUUCAUCGUGACGACAGAGAACAUACUCGUGGACUAAAUGUUAAUGCUGAGGUGGGUGUUUUUGCUUGCUUUCAUUUUGAACUGUUCUACCGCUUUUAUUGACAAACACCGCUAACGGAUUACAAUAUACUCUUCCCAAAAAUAUAUCGGCCAUUCGUUUCGUAACAGUACCUUUGAGAGGGAGACGAUCAGGCCACUUUUUCAAAUCUCUUUUCAUACAUAGUGUCCUUGGGCUCCCUAUGGUGAGAUUUUGGUACGAACUAAGGAAGUAAGCUGUCUUAGAGGAUUAUAACCCAUUCGUGGUAUCCUGAUUUACCUAAGUUGACUUUAGUGAAUUCACCAUUUUCACAUAGACCAUAGAUCCUAGUUUACCCCUCCCCCAAAAUUUUGCAUAACCAUUGUCUUCGAUUUCUCUUGGGACGACUGUAAAACCCAGAAAAAAAAAUUGGAAAAAAUAACGGUUAUGCAAAAUUUUGGGGUUAAACAAGGUGCGUCAUGGUCUAUGUUGAAUAGUGAACGUAUGUUUAUGAAGUCCCUUAUCGACCCUUGAUAGCAAAAUGCGUAAUUGUGAGUGCAAGCUCUCCGAUUUAGUUCUAAAGAACGUUAGUGUGGAGACUCACUCACAAGAGACGAACAGAAGAGCUAGCUGCUUGUGAGUUCAACUGUUCUAAGGUUGCAACUAGCUCGAAAUUCCAAAAAGUCAUACUGGUAUUCGAUUUAUUUAUUUAUCACUUGUUUCAUACCAGCCUGGUUCAAGGAGCAGACCAACACAGAAUGGGAAUGGGCACAAAGAGAAUUAUAGGCCCCAAGUGAGGUGCCAUCUCUACCAAAACCCUCAGCCCAUGAAAGAUAUACAUUAGGGGUGAUUCUUGCCUUGGAGAGUUACGUCUCAUCAAGAGAGAAUAAUUGAACAGAGAGGGAGACUACAAGUCUAGCCGUUGGGAUAUGUGAAUUUCACCAAAGUUAUUUUUUAGGCCAAUUAAGCGACUGAAAUUGAGGCUCGCAAACUUUUUUCAGUGUUGCCAGGAGAGAAUUCAACAGUCGCCAUCACAAUAUCCUCCAUAUUGUUUUUGCUUUUAGGCAGGUGCGCGUGGACUUUAUGACGUUUCAAUCAAUCGAUUAAAAUGUGCGGACGCCUCAGGAAUUAGGCUUGUAUUAAAUCACAACCUCUAAAAAAAUUUUAGUGAAAUUCUCAUAUCCCUGACAACGCCCUAAGAUUCGCUCUCUGUACUAUUAUUCUCUGUUGGUCACAAACGGUUCUAGCCUGUGUACAGACGCCCCCUUCCCUCAAAACAUUGGGAAGGGGGCGUCUGCACGCAGGCUAAUGGUUCUUGUACGUCCAACGAGAGUUGAUGUUUAAGCCCUGGUUCAGAAGUGUCAUGAGGCACAGAGGGAACAACAUACUUAUGACUCAUUUAAAUCGCUGCUUGUAGGAGCAAAUCAAGGCGGUUCCAGUUUUAAGUUCUUCUCUUUAUGGUCAUCGACCUCCGUUGGAAACUCCUUCCCGACGACAUGUGAGGGUGGCAACUGUGAAGCGAGAUUUCUACAGGCACAGUGGAACGAACAUACCUUUAUUUUAA